CCUUCUUUUAAAGUUCCCCUGGGGGGGAAGUGUGGAACAACCAGGACAAAGCAGGGGAACAGAGUCAAAUUUAAACUAAAAAUUAGUAUUUCACACAUCUUCCGUACCAGGAGGAAAGGCAUAAACGUGAAGGCAAGGUGAAACGCACAGAAAAAAAACCACGAUCUCGACUUCCCGAUAACGCCAGAAAUUAGAGAAAAUGGCGGAGCCGGACAAAUUAAACAUCGACUCGAUAAUUCAGCGUCUCCUGGAAGUGAAGGGCUCUCGGCCGGGGAAGAACGUUCAGCUAACGGAGAAUGAAAUUCGUGGCCUUUGCCUCAAGUCUCGAGAAAUUUUCCUGAGCCAGCCCAUCCUGCUCGAACUCGAGGCUCCCUUGAAAAUCUGCGGUGAUGUCCACGGUCAGUACUAUGAUCUCCUCCGGCUCUUUGAAUACGGAGGCUUCCCCCCAGAAAGCAACUACCUGUUCCUGGGCGACUACGUAGACCGAGGGAAGCAGUCUCUGGAGACCAUCUGUCUGCUUCUCGCCUACAAGAUCAAAUACCCCGAAAACUUCUUCCUGUUGCGUGGCAAUCACGAGUGCGCUUCAAUCAAUCGAAUCUACGGUUUUUAUGACGAGUGUAAGAGACGGUACAACAUCAAGUUGUGGAAGACCUUCACCGACUGCUUCAACUGUUUACCUGUGGCUGCCAUCGUAGACGAGAAGAUCUUCUGUUGUCACGGAGGACUCUCUCCGGACCUCCAGUCCAUGGAGCAGAUCCGCAGAGUAAUGCGACCCACAGACGUGCCCGACCAGGGUUUGCUGUGCGACCUGCUGUGGGCCGACCCGGACAAAGACGUCCUGGGCUGGGGGGAGAACGACCGCGGGGUCUCCUUCACGUUCGGGGCAGACGUGGUGGCCAAAUUUUUGCACAAACACGACAUGGACCUAAUAUGCAGGGCACAUCAGGUGGUUGAGGACGGCUACGAGUUUUUUGCGAAGAGGCAACUCGUCACUCUUUUCUCGGCUCCAAACUACUGCGGCGAGUUUGACAACGCUGGCGCCAUGAUGAGCGUGGACGAGACGCUCAUGUGCUCCUUUCAGAUUCUGAAGCCAGCAGAUAAGAAACUGUAUCCUUACGGCGACCGGGGAGGAGUGGGGUUAGGACGACCGGUCACCCCGCCGAGAAAUUCAGCCAAGGCUGCCAAGGCCAAGAAAUAACACCCGCCGAGUCCCCGCCGCCCUCCGUGGGCACAACUUCUGUUCUCUUUUCCUCCCAAACAUGUUUUUCUCACGUCGCCGACGGCAACAACCGGAGGUUCAGCUUCGUAAUUCUAUUUUUUUUUUUUUAAACAAAGUCUGAGCGUCGGUAGGCUCUUUAGUUUUUGUACGUCGUGUGAUCGAUGAGAACGAGAAAGGGAGUCGCUGUUUGUUUGUUUUUCUCUUUCCUGUCUGUUUUUGUUUGUCCCGUUCAUUGUGCGGCCGCGGGACGAGGGGGCGGAGCCUCCACUGUACCUGUUCAAACACGAGUUUUUUUUUUGUAAAGUUCGAUGAAUCCACGUGUGUGUGACCGGCGGGGUGGGGUAAACGGCACAUAGCCACACACUGGGUGCACACGUGGAAACGUGCACGUUAAUCCUUCAACUACACAGAAUCACUAUAAAAACUUUCUUUUCUGUUUUUUUUUUUUCCAUUUUCAAUUAAAAAAUCAGCUCGAUGAGAUUAUAGCCAUGGAUGUUCUGUAGAGUCACUCUUUUCUGUUUUGUAGAUACUUUUUUUCUUCUUGCUUUUAUUUUUAGUUCACUUGAUGCUGAAUAAUAAAAAAAAAACAGUUUAUUUAAAAUAUUCCACCCUGAUCAUCAUCUGUCAUAUUUGUCCCGUAGCGGGCGGCUUUUGUU